CAGAGCAGCGAGCGAUGAAACCCGGGAGGCACAUCAAUCGAUCAGCGACAUGAAGCCUGGCAUUCACUCGUCUAUCACUAUACUUUUAUUUGGUUUAUUAUCGGAGUCUUCCAUUGCUUCGCUUAAUCUUCCAAUCCUUAUCGAAGCUCGAGAUGUUUACGAAAAUCACCGAACGCUUUCUACCUUGCCUCUGCGCAAACAACCAAAAUUCUAAAUCACCCUCGUCCAAGCUACGCAAGAUGGUUUCGCCCGCAGACCACAUCAGAGAACUGAGUUUCAACAACAAAUAUCUGGCAAAGAAAAACGAAAAUCUCAGAGUCGAAAACCACAAUCUCAAAACCACCAACGACGUGCUCAAAAACAAGGUCGCCAGAGAUCAAGCAAUCAUAAACGCCACCGCCACAAUCAAGGAUCUCGAAAAGUACAAUCAGACACUCGAGGAUGAGAACAUGCACCUCAGAGAGCAACUUGAGCUCUUCACCGAGAAGAAGAAGAUUGAUGAUCAGCUCGCUGUUCUAAGAACAGAAGUGGUUGAGAUCGACAGUGAGCUUGUGAAGCGUAUGGUGGAGAUGGACAUCAUUGAGAAGCUGGAGGCAAAGAUCAAGGCUCUCAAGAAGAUCGAUAGUCAAGAGAGCGACGAAUCGAACACCGAGGAAGAUGAAGGGGAGGAUGGAGAGGAUCUCAAAGACUCGGAGAGCUCGAUCUAAUCCGUCGCGCACGAGAAGCAAGCCAUUUGGUUCUAGGUCAAUUGAAGCAUCUGGAAAACCCAUAUCGUCCAAUUGACCGCCGUUGUCGAUCUCAUCCUCCCG